UUUUAAAUAAAAUUCAAGGUUUUUUGGUCCUAUUUUCACCAAUUUUGAUAAAAAAUAUAAUGAAAAUUUCCUGACAAUGAGCAACCAAGCGGAGUUGGACCAAUUGGCUAAUGCCGAAUUGGAGCGGCUGCAGCGCCAGUUGCGUUCUUUGCAGCUGGAGUUGCGGGCCCUUCUUGACUAUAAGACCAAGCAGGUGAAAAAGCAAAAUCAUUUAAUAAGUGGCUUGCAAAAAGAGCAUCAGCUAUUGCUAACUGAAAUUAUAACUCUAGAGGGAGGCACCCAUGCCAAAAAGAGUGUGGUGAAAGAAAAGAAUUUGUCUACUUUACAAUUUCAUGAGGCCGAUGUUCAACGCAACUUACAAACAGAACGUAUAAAUUUAUGGGAAUUAGAGGGCCAUAUAAAAAAGAUUGAAAAGGAAAUCAAUGGCCUGCGCAAAUUGGAAGUGCCUGACAGCUGCUAUAAGGAUACCAUUUGUAAGGUGCAAAAAAGUGUGGUAAAAUUGGAGAAUCGUUUAGAUGUAGUCAACAAAAAAUGCAGCGAUGUGUUGACGGAAAACUCUAAACUAAGGGAUGUCAUCAAUCAUAUGCUGCAGGAUCGCGCAAAAUUUAAUGACAUGUGGCAAAUUAUGGUGACCCAGUAUAAUGAGGGUAAGAAAUAUAUUAUGGAUUUAAUAGAUCAAUCGACACUGGCUUAUGAUCAAAGGGAGGAACUAUGCAAUAAGUUACAAUUGCUAAAGGAUCGUAGUGAAAAUGAUAAACUUAUGCAUAUACAGGAAAUGAGAGAAAUGCAACGCCGUCUGGAGCAUGAUGCUAAGUUGCAGAAGUUCUUCGAUAUAAAAGGGCAAAAGCGGCAAAAUCCUGAAUUGGAACAAAGAGAAAUCAACAAAAAGAUAGCUCAGAAGGAAGCUUUCGAGAAACAGUUAGAAGACUAUAGGGGCAUUAUUGAUAGAAUGAAGGGUCUCUAUAAGGAACCUGAUACUGCCAAAUUAGCUACCCAAUUCAAAAGACAGGAAGAGGAAAAUUUUGCCCUCUUCAAUUAUGUCAACGAACUUAGCAGCGAAGUUGAAGUUCUUAAUGACACCACACAAGAGUUAACUGAUGAAAUAGAGCGUCAGAAAGCCGAUCUUCUAGAAAAGGAAAUAAAACAGAAGACCGAGUCUUUAGAAUAUCUAAGCGAACAACUUGAAAAAGGCAAAUCUCAAAAUAAUGCCGCCAAAGAAAAGGCUGAAAUAUUAGACAAGCGUUUGCACGAAAUGCUUAUGGGCAUAUGGGAAAUAUUCAAACAAUUGGCUUGUGAUGAUGCGCCGAUUUUGAAUGUUUUGAGUUCCAAAACAUCCAUGACUUCGCAUAAUGUCAAGUUGUUUAUUGGCGUCAUCGAAAAAAGAAUCAAUAUGACCAUUUCGACAGUGCAUAUUGAUGAGUCAUCUAAUACGAUAUUGGCCAAAAAGGAUCGUGUACCAAAGUUUAAUGUCAAAGAGUCAGCUAAAAGGAAGAAAUGAAUUAGAAAUAAAUGUAACCAAAAGA